AUGGCAGCGCUGCCCGGUGCCGCGCCCCCUCGGCUGCUUCUCAUCUCUGGCAAAGCGGCCGAGCCGCCCGGCCCCGCGACGGGUAGGCAGCUUUCCGUGGUCCUGCCGGCAGGAGCCGCCUCUGGCACCCCGGGUCUAGAGGGCCCGCAGCCGGCCCGCAAGCGGCAGCGACUCACCCAUUUGAGCCCGGAGGAGAAGGCGCUGCGCAGGAAGCUGAAGAACCGCGUGGCGGCCCAGAGCGCCCGAGACAGGAAGAAGGCGCGGAUGACGGAGCUGGAGCAGCAGGUGGUGGAACUGGAGGAGGAGAACCAGAAGCUGCUACUUGAAAACCAGCUCCUGCGGGAGAGGACGUGUAACCUCACCCUGGAGAACCAGGAGCUACGCUGCCGCCUGGGCCUAGAUGCUCUGAAGACGGAGGAGAAGGAAUCCAAGGCUGGUGACCGGGUCCGCUGAGUCCGCAGCACUCAGACUACGUGUUCCUCUGCAGCAGGUGCAGGCCCAGCAGUCACCAUUCCUGAUCGCUUCCACAUGGAUUCUGAUGGCAGUGAUUCUUCAGACUCAGAGCCUGAUCUGCUCUUGGGCUUUCUGGACAGUCUGGACCCAGACAUGUUUCUCAAAUACACUGAUCCAGAGUCAACCUGCCUGGAGAAGCUGGAGGAAGAGAUCUGUGGAGAAACAAAUUCCUUACCACCCUCCUCCUCUGCCUCUUUGGGGUCCUCAUCAGCUAAGCUGGCAGCCAUUAAUGAACUGAUAAGGUUUGAUCAUGUGUACACAAAGCCCCUGAUACUGGAGAUUCCUGUUAAAAUGGGCAACCAAACCAACAUGCUAGUGAAAAUUGAAGAAGUAUCUCUCUUUCCAUCUGAAGACAAAGCUAUCCCCAAGGUCCCAGUGUCUGUGAAAGAGGAACCUGUAGACAGCUUCAUGCCUGAACUGGGUUUCUCUCAUCUGCUUUCUUCUCAUCGUAGCCCUGCAGCCUCAAACUAUCUGUUGGAUGCCUGUAGUGACUCUGGGUAUGAAGGGUCCCCAUCGCCCUUCAGUGACAUGUCUUCUCCACUUGCCACUGACCAUGCCUGGGAGGAUAGCUUUGCCAAUGAACUCUUUCCCCAGCUGAUCAGUGUCUAACUCAGUAGUGUUAACUCCCCUUGUGUAGCUGUCCUGGCAGAAGAGCCAGCCUCUGUGGAGGGAGGGGGCAUCCAGUGUGUUCAGGAAAGUGGUGCUCAUUUCAGCCCCUGCUAGCAGAGGGGUGAUGGCCAACACUUUCCUGCUGGUAUGAGAGCCUAUCCUGUCCUGCCCUCCUCUCACAUCAGGGUUGGCUUAGGAAGGAGGAGAGCUUAUGUUUCAAUUACUUGCCAAUUCUACAUGAACCUAAAAGUAAACAUUUUGGUUUUGCAUUCAAAUUUUGACCAGAAACUGCAACAGCAUCUGUAUGGACAGCUGGGUUAAGACUGAAUAGUCCGCUCCCCUCCCAGAUUCACGGUGUAAAUGCUUGGUUUCCGUUUGCUGUGUAGAGUUGCUUUCUCUGUGUAAUAUUUAACUCUGGUGCAAUUAAAGUGCA